UCCUUUUUGGAGGCACCCAGAAGUGAAGAAAGGUGUCAUGGAAAGGCUCAUCGUCCCCCAGCCCCAAGCUGUGGAUUCUCUUCGCCGUUUCCAGGUGUUGUUGCUAGAUAGAAGGGGCAGACUUCAUGGCCAGAUCCGGAGCCUCCGGGACAUAAUCCGCAAGAUUGAAAAGCUUCGCCAACGGUCUCUGCUGGCUAACAUCGCAGGAAGUUCUCUGAGUGCAGCUGGAGCCAUCACGGCCAUUGUGGGACUGUCCUUGAGUCCCGUCACUCUAGGGACCUCUCUCCUGGCGUCAGCAGUGGGACUGGGUGUGGCCACUGCGGGAGGGGCAGUUACCUUCAGUUCAGACUUGUCCCUGGUGUUUUGCAACUCCCGACAGCUGAGAAGAGUACAGGACAUUGCAACCAUUUGCCAGGACCAGAUGAGGGAAAUUCUAGGGUGCUUGGAUUUCUUUUGCCGGGGGCAGGGCUGUCUGGACUUCCAACUUCUCCAGUCUGGGAAAAAGGCUUCCAUUGCUCUAUAUAAUUCAGUCUAUUUUAUCGUGUUCUUCGGCUCACGUGGCUUCCUCAUCCCCAGGCAUGCAGAGGGGGCCACGAAGGUUAGCCAGGCCGUACUGAAGGCCAAGAUUCAGAAGCUGGCCGAAAGCCUGGAGUCCUGCACCACUGCCCUGGAUGAACUUAGUCAGCAGCUGGAAUCUAGAGUGCAGCUCUAUGCAAAAACCAAACAUGGAAACCCCUGUUUGGACUCAAAGGAUUCUCUGGACAAAUAUGGAGGGAUGAUUUUUUGAGAGCAAAGAUUUCCCCCAGAGAUUAAGACCUUGGAGCUGAACUGGGAUGGGUAGUUGUACACAAAGAAUGGAAAGAAAAAACAAACCCAACUUCUUAUUGUAAGAGGGUUGCAUGGUGUGGGUAUGAAUUGGAUUUCUGAGAUUUUAUAACUAUGUGACUUGAAACAGGUGGGUCCUCAUAGCCCUUAUUUUCUCACCACUGUGAUAUCCAGUGACUGAAAGGACUGGGAUUUAGUGCUGGAGACUUUUCCCAUGUAUAACAGUAGUACAUGUCAAAGGCAAUACUAAUAUGUUCUGUGCUAGCAAAGUGUUUUCCUGUCAACAUCAAAAGUUUCCCAGUCACCAAUGCCAGCCAAAAGCUAGUUAAAUGUUCUUCUCUAAGUACCCAGUGGUUGAAUGCAUAUCCAGCAGAAUUACCUGAUUUUCAAGAUGGCUCCAGUUCUGCCUUGGGGGUGCAGAUUGAGACCAAAGAGGGUUUAGGAGACUUCCUUGGAGUCAAGGCAGUUCAAGGGAUUCACUUCAAGCCCACGGUAAUUGAAAGGCCCCAAAGAUGUCUUAGGGAGCAAGGCAGAUCUAAUACCUCCCCCCCUUUUGAUUCUAAGGAACCUCAGAGGAUCCAGAACAAAAACCCAAUUGCAGAGGCCAAAGAGGACUUCUACCUUCUCUUUAUGACCAUUCUCUCUACACCCUAAAUAAACAAAAAUCUCUGGUUCAGAAUUCAAGGAAGGAACUAACCUGAUCCUUUGUUUUCCCCAGCUUUGUCUAUUUAAGGAUUCACCUUGGAGUGGCUGUAGACUGAAUUUACACAUCCUGACCUAAUGAUUUCAAGGAUCCCUGAGGCUGUCACUCCAAUAUUCAGUGUGCAGUCCAAGGGGGCCCCUUUCCUGCUACCUGUCAGUGUUGGGUGGCAAGCUCAAAGGCAGUCAGCAUCCCUUGGGAUAGUGGAAAAGAUGAGAUAACUGGGAAAGUGGCAGGGUCAGUGUAAGGGGAAGGGAUAAACUGAACUAAAAUUCCCCAUUUUAGUAACUAAAGAAUAUGACACAUUCUACCCUUUAGAGGGCAGUAUUGCCUAUAUGUUGUAGAAACUGGUACACCAAUGAAUGUAACUUUAUUGAGAAACUAGCUUUUCUACCAUUCAUUUCAACACCACGUAAGGUAUUUUAUUUAUUUAUUUAAAUUUUAUCAUUUUAUUGCUUUUUAUUAUAUAACUGAAUUUUAUACAAUGAUAUAUUUUAAUAAUCGCAGGAAUAGCAAAUUUGGAAAAUGUUGGCCACCAUCACUAGGUUCAUUUCCAACGGGUAAAGUGUAGCCAAAUGGUUUCUGUAAAGUGGAUAGGAGACAGGUAAAUAGUUGCCAAAGGUGGCAUCACUCCCUUUUUGAUCUGUGCGGAGGAGUUCCUUUUUCAAUGUUCCUGUUACGUAGGUAAGGUAAAUUAAAGAGGGACCAAAUAAAGGGAUAGUUUAAAAAAAACAGUCUUUAGGAAAAGUAAGGUAAUAUAUUUCUGAUUAUUUAAAUGAUUAAAAUACAUGUUUACCUUUAAGGUACACAUGAUAACAGGAAAGAUUUGACUUGGAAAGAGAAUGUGUUCAGUGUAGAAAAGAGUAACUUGAAAGGAGUUGUAUGAAACAAGCAUCUACACUCAGAAAGCCUAGUGUCCUAUGAAGUUGUGUCUCAUGGUUGAUGGACAGUGUGGUUGGCGAGGUUGUAGUGAUUUGUCUUGGUUUCAUUUGUUACAGGUACAGGAGAUCCAGGGUUUUUUGUUUUUGUUUUUUGGUAGUUAGUUAUCCUUGAGAAAACACUUAAAGUCCAAUGAAUUACCCUUCCAAUAAUGGUAACCAAGUAACAAAAUAUGGUUCCAAAAUAUGGGGUCCUACAAAAAAAAAUCACUUGCCAAUGAUGGCAGUGAGCCUGAGGAAGUGAAAUUUCAAAGCUUUGGGGUAUGUUUCCAAUUUUUCUGAAAACUUUGACUCAUAUCUUGUUGCUUUUUUUUCUCUUGCAUCCUAGGCCAGUGAAAGGGCCUGUAUUUCCUUAGCUUAUUUAUACAAGUGCUGGCAAAAUCUGACCCUAACUUCAUUCUUACCAGUACUUAAUACUGAAUUGGAUUCUAUCAGCGACAAAACUCUAUAUUGAGCACCGUUGGAAGCAGUAUUACUAGGUACUUUAAGUGCAUCAAAAUUUUAACUUUGAGUUACACCUUGCAUGGAUCAAUUUAUAAAGGAACAAUGUCUAUUCUGCAAUAACGUUAUGUACACAGUAGGGAUUCCAUAAAUAUUAUAGAAUGAAUAAGUAGCUUAAUAGCUUAGGCAAUAAGAACAUCUAGCUUAUAUGCCAAUGGGGACUUGGUAGGAAAAGAAGAUCCCCAGCUUUUCCUAGGUAAUUAUUAUUUUGAAAUUUGGAAGCUCUUUAGGGCAUUAGGUAAUUUAUCUUUGGUAAAAUAUGGCUAAAUAUUAAUUUCUAAGGGACAAUAAUAUUUUUGUGGGAAAAUACAGAAUGUUGUUUUGAUAAGUCUUAAUUCUAUCAGAAAUAAGGUAUGAAAUGAAAUGUUGUGGAGGGAAGAAUGGAAAGAAAUAUUUAGAUAAAAGGUGCAUAUCAGGGAAAAAAUAUAUCUUUCAAAAAUAAACUUGUUAAAAACAAACAUGCUGAAUGUUUAGGUGAUUUUCUGGUUAUUUUUCUAGUAUUCUAUCCUGAAAGCAUUUGAAUUUGUUGUCUUUCAUAAUGCU